AUGAAUAAUAAUAAAAUAAAUAAUAUGAAACUUGAUUUGUUUUCAAAAGGAGAUACUGUACUAUUGGUUGGAGAGGGAAAUUUUAGUUUUUCUCUUAAUUUAUUAAAACACAAACUUCCAAUAUUUUUAACGGCUACUUGUUUUGAAAAUAAUAUUUCAUACAAUCAGCAACAAGAUAAUAUUAAUUAUUUAAAGUCUCAAAAUGUUUCGAUAUAUUUUAAUGUUGAUGCUACAAAAUUACAUGAAAAUGAAAAUAUUAAAUAUAAAAAAUUUUCUAAAAUUAUUUUUAAUUUUCCUCAUAUCGGAGGUAAAAUGAAAAUACAUUUAAAUAGAGAAUUUUCUAGCAAAAUAAUUGAAAAUGAUGGUUUUGUCAUAAUUUCAUUAUGCAAAGGUCAGGGUGGAAUCCCAAUCGAAUCGCCACAGAGAAAAUGGAGUGAUUCAUGGCAAAUAACAGAAUGUUCUGCCCAUGGAGGUUUUGUAUUAAUUAAAGUCGAACCUUUCAACAGAAACAAUUUCAAAGAAUAUUCUUGCAUUGGCUACAGAAGUCAAGAUGUUAAAUUUAAUUUAAACGGAGCUUUGGUUUAUUAUUUUAUAAAAAAAAAAUUACCAUACGAAAUUAUAACUGACAAAACGAUAUCGGAUAAAUUAAAUUCAGUUCCUUUAAAGGAAAAUAUUAGCGUUUCGUAUUUUUUGUCGGAAAUGUAUGCUAACAAUCCGUUGAAAAACGAAAAUUCACCUUUUACAUAUUUAAAAAAUAUUCUAUUUGAAAAUAUUGAAAAAUUUGUGGAAUCGACUCAUUCGAAUUUUAUUACUUUCUCAUCGGAUGAUAUUUUUAAACAAUUAAAUAAAUUACCUACUUACGAUUUGGAAAAAAAAGACUCGAUGAAUCAAAAUGAAAUAUUAUUUUAUCCGAAUAUUAUGGAUAUUUUAAAUUUAAUUAAUAAACUUUGUAACGAUUGUGAUCUCGACAAUAAAAUAAUUUUCUUUCCACUCAUGUUAUUAAAAAUAUUUAAAGAAGAGUUUGUAAUGUCCAUUGGGAAAACAAAACAAAUAUGUCGGAACUACUGUGAGGGAAAUGAUUUGUCAUUAAAAUCAGAAACGACCGUUAUAUUUGAAAAAACGAAUGAGUUAUUCAUUCCAGCAAUCUUAUACGAAUUAGAAGGAAAUAAAAAAAAUUAUGAAAUGUGUAUCAUGGAUGUGGAUAAAACGUGCGAAAUUUUAUUUAAAAUUAAAACCUGGAGAGAAAUUUGGAGCGAAGGGAAUAAGGUUAUCGUCGUGGAAGAAGAAAAACCUACGUUAAGGCAAUUGAUACUUUUUCCAAAUUCGUACGAAUUCGACAUCACGUUAAGAUACGGGGAAGAAGACAAAUAUUCCGUUGAGAAAAUAUACGAAACGUUUUGGAAAAUCGGUUGGGAAAUAAUUGAAAAUGUCAAAUUAAUAAGCGAAUAUAAAUCGGAAAAAAAUAAUUGGUUUAGUAAAUGUUACAGAAUAACGUAUAAAUCAAUUGAUAAACCUUUAUUUAGAGAACACGCCAUUAAAAUUCAUUCAAAAUUAAUCGGUCCUGCUUUAGAAUGUGCAACGAACGUAGCCGUUGCUGUGAGACCCCUAAAACCUAAAGGAGUUACAAGCACGGAUAAAUAUUUUUUGGAUUAUUGUAGCGUUGAAACCUUCGGAGGGAAAGGUGGUGACGGUUGCAUAUCAUUUUUACAAAUUUGGGCGAAUGAAAAAGCAGGACCCGAUGGAGGAGAUGGCGGUCAUGGUGGUCACGUCAUAUUCAAAGCAUCUUCGGAAAUCAAAGAUUUAAGUAAGAUACCAAAAGUUAUAAAAGCUCAAAACGGUGAAAGAGGUUUCAAUAAAGAUUGUUUUGGAAAAAAUGCCAAACACGAAUUCGUGACGGUGCCCGUGGGAACCGUUAUAAGAAAUAGCAAUGGUAUAAUAGUAGGAGAUUUAGACGAAGAAAAUGCAAUGUUUAUAGCGGCAAGAGGAGGAUCGGGGGGACACGGAAAUCAUUAUUUUGCAUCGUCAACAAUGCAAAGCCCACAAGUUGCCGAAUUGGGAGCCGAUGGAGAAAAUUUUAAAUAUACGCUCGAAAUGAAAACAAUGGCGCAUUUCGGUUUGGUCGGUGUACCUAACGCCGGUAAGAGCACACUGUUAAGAGCAGUAACGAGAGCAAGACCGAAAGUGGCACCAUACGCUUUCACAACUUUAAGACCACACAUCGGAAUCGUACAAUACAGCGAUCACGAACAAUUAGGAAUCGCAGAUCUUCCAGGUUUAGUCGAAGGAUCUCAUAAAAAUGAAGGAUUAGGGAUACAAUUUUUAAAACAUGCAGAAAGAUGUCAAGGACUCUUGUUCGUCAUUGAUCUAUCCAUACAAAAUCCAAUCGAACAAUACGAAAUGUUACAAUACGAAAUAUUAAAAUUUAGCAACGAACUCGGUCACAGACCACGCGUCAUAAUCGGAAAUAAAAUCGAUUUACCGGAAGCUCGAGACAAUUUAAAAGAUUUCGAAUCGAAAGUGAAAGAUUAUCCCGUAUUUGCAAUAUCAGCUAAAACCGGUUUAAAUUUAUCAAAUUUUUUAAAUUACAUAAGAAAAAUGUACGAUGAAAAUCAGAGAAAAAACCGUUAA